AUGAUACAUUAAAUGUCUUAAAUAUCGGACGAAGAAAGGGCUAAACAAGAGUAUCUUGUGAUUGAAUAUGGGAAAUAGGAAUACAGAGACUUAUUUAAUGGGUGGGUUCAAUAAAAAAUAAUGUUUUUCAUGUUGCUGAAAAAAGGUGAAAAAGUGAAAUAUAUUAAAGAUGGAGAAAUUUUAAAAAUGUAAUAUGUGUAUUAUAGUAUUAGUGAAUCAAUACAAGAUCUAAUGAAAAGGAAAACGGUUUAAGGAAAUUUAGAUUAGUUAAGAUACUUAAGAUGGGAAACUGUGUGCGAUUCUACUUAAACACAACAUUAAGUGUAUUGGAGAGGGGAAUUAUUAAAAGCUGGAGGUUUUUGCGAUUAAAUGCAAUAAAAAGAAGGGAAGUGGAUAGAUUUAUGGGAGAAUUUUUGGAUGUAUUAAUAUGAUAUAGAAUUAGAAAAUCCAAAGUAUUUUGUAUUGGAAAUUAUACAGAAGGAAGGAAAACAGGAAAGUGGGAUAUUUUUUUGAAGGAAUAAAGAAUGUAUAUAUCAGUAUUAUUCAAUUAGUGGAGGAGGAACCUACAAUCAAAAAGGUAUGAAAUAAGGUGAAUGGACAGAAAUAGAUAAUAAUUUCAAAAAGUAGAAGUUAUGACAAUAAUAUAGGAAUUGUAAAGUGACUUACAGUGGAGAAUAUUAAGAUGGCAGAAGAUGUGGAAAUUGGAGAAUAACUUAUAAUGGAAAUUAUUUGUAAUUUUAUUAUCUAAUUCAUAGAGGAGGAGGCAAUUAUAAUUAAUUUGGAUUGAAGAAUGGUAAAUGGUUAGAUUUACAUGAAGAUUUUUGGGAGUAAGAAAUAUAGUUCUAAUUUAGACAUUGUUAAGUUGGAUAUUACGGAGAAUAUCAAAAUGGACGAAAAAUAAAUAAAUGGAAUAUCAUUUACAGAGGGUAUAAAGAAAUUGAAUAAAACAUCAUGUAUUAUCAAAACUUUACCUUUAGAGGCAGCGGAACAUACAAUGAGAAUGGCCGUAAAAAAGGGAAAUGGAUAGAAUUGCAUCCAAACUUUUCAGAGUAUAUUUUAAUUUAUAUAAUUUUAAAGUUACUGCAAAGUUGUUUACUCUGGGGAAUAUAGUGGUGGAGCUAAAUAAGGCAAAUGGGACAUAAUAUAGUUUGAUAAAGAAAAUAUAUAACCCAAAUCCAGCAUUAUGUAUAUUAUAUUUCCAUCUUUAUAGAGGUGGUGGAUAAUAUAAUUGCGGAUUAAAAGUUGGAAAGUGGGUUGACUUGCAUGAAAAAUACUUUGUUUCAAAUUGUGGCGGAUGCAAUAUCUUCUAUAAAGGUGAAUACCAGAAAGAUCUAAGAUAAGGCAGAUGGGAUAUUGUGAUGAAUAAUCAGAAUGUGUAAGUAUUCUUUUAUAUUUCAGUGGAGGUGGCUAUUACAAUGAAAAUGGAUUAAAACAUGGCAGAUGGAUUGAUUUUCAUGAAAAUUACUCCGAGUACAUUUACUACUAAAUAAUAUAUAGUUUCGCAUAAAUCAUUCAUCAUGGAGAGUAUAAAAAUGGGAUCAAACAAGGAAUUUGGGCUAUUAAUUUUGAGGGUUAAACUAUGUAAUGCUUAAUAAAUUUAUUAUAGUGGAGGAGGAGAAUAUGAUUAGAGAGGAUUGAAAAAUGGAGAUUGGGUAGACUUACAUAUCAAUUUCACUAAGUAGUUAAAUGAUUUAAUAAUUAGAUUUUGCUAAGUUACUUAUAAGGGUGAGUAUUUUGAUGGAAUUAGGAGCGGUAUGUGGGAAACAUGUUUCAAUAACGGUGUUAUGUAAUCUUCAUUUUCUACUUUUUAGAGGAGGAGGAAUAUAUAAUGAGGAGGGAAAUAAAGAUGGAUAAUGGGUCGAUUUACAUCAUAAUUUUAGAGAGUAUUAUGUUAAUAUAGGUUUUAAGCUUAUAUCAAGUGAUUUAUAUUUAAAAUUACCAAAAUAGCAAAAAGAUAGGAACUCCUAAAGAAAUAGAACUUUAAUGA